AUGGUAUUGAAAAUCUUGUUGUUAGUAGUUGUAACUUGGUAUCGAAUACAAAUUACCCAAUCGAUGUUCAUACCAUCUACUAUCGCAUCGAAUACAACAUCAAAUAAAACUGGGCGAAAGUUUGGUGGUAGCGGACAAUAUCCAAUUCAAGGAGGUUAUAUUAGCCCUUCUCCUGACAUGAUAGACGAUGUAGUUUACGGUGUUUCCGUUGGUGGUGGUCGCUACUCACAGGGUGGUCAGACUGCACUAACUGACGGAAUACACAUUGAUCUACGUCAGUUUAAUCAAAUUCUGGGUUUUGAAAAGAAGAAGAAAGAGAUUAGAGUUGAAACAGGCUGCCGUUGGAGUAAAAUAAUUGAAUUUAUUGACAAGUACGAUCUAAGUGUAAUGGUGAUGCAGAGCUACGCCGAUUUCACUGUCGGAGGAGCUCUGAGUGUGAAUGUACAUGGACGAUACAUUGGCUAUGGAUCCAUCAGCAGAACAGUGAAAGAACUCAAGUUACUGCUAGCAAAUGGCGAUUUAGUGACAGCUACACCUGACAAUGGUAGCAGUGAAAUAUUUUUUGGAACAAUUGGUGGCUACGGUGGUCUGGGUGUUGUCGUUGAAGUUACUCUUCAGUUAACAGACAACUGUAAACUGGAAAGAGUGUCGCGUGUAAUGCAGCUGCGCAAAUAUGAAGAAUAUUUUGAGAAGGAAAUUCGCAGAAAUCAUCUUGUUCAACUACACAACGCAAAUAUUCAACUGCUGUCACAUGCAACAUCAAUGUGGCAGAAAAUACCGUAA